UGGAAAAUAAUGUCAAUACUAGAGGAGUUUGAAAAUCAAAAUUACAUUUCAGAUCCUAAGAAAACGUAUUACACUUUUGGCCAAACAUUGUAUCUCAAGUAUACCAAAAAAUUUCAAACUUCUUCAAUACUUUUUUUUUCGGUACUGAAUCUUAGUUUUAUAAAAUAACCUUUCAUCAAUUUCAUUUCGAUUUGGGCGACUUGGAGUGAAUUCAAUUGAAUUGGUUUGUUCAUUGAUCGCUCCGUAUUUGGAGCGGACAUCGGCCCACAAUCGUAAGUCUGAGAGUCUGGGCUUGGGUCUGGAUCUUGAUCAAUUGGCACCCACAUACAUAUCUGAGUUUCUACUAACGCCUCCUGGCGACAAUUUGCGUGCCCCGCCUCUGUUGCUGCUGUCGCUGCUGCUGUUUUGUAGCAUUUUUAUUAUUAAUUUUUAUUCGCCAACUCGCGUGACUCACUGGAGGUGCAAGUCUGAGCCGGGUCUACGGUAACCAAACACUCCAAGCCAAGCUCAAUCGCGUCAUUGCCUUGGCCGGUGCCCACACACGACCGAGAUCUUCGCAUCCAAUCGCAUCGAAUUCGAUCCGCUUAGCGUAGAUCGACCUAAAAUUGAAUUGAGCCGGUGCCUCCGACAAAAGUUACCUGUGUUUGGAGAUGGCGUCAGAGGGUUCCCGAGAUCCCAGGACCUCAAGGUUGGCGCAAAUGCAGAUGCGUUUCCAGCAACGAACACAGCAGGAGCAGGAAGUGCGACGUCGGGAGCUUGUGGCAACCAAGACACAUGCCGAUGAACUGACACCCAUAGGAGCACCCAGUGCUGCCACCAGCCGGCUCAUCGGCAAUGGAAAGGUGCGCCAGAUGUUCGACGAGCGUCGCCGUGGUGCGGGCAUUGAUCGCAGCAAUCCCCUAAAGCCAAUUGGCACCCUGCCAUCGCCCCCAGCCCAGACCCAGACCCAGACCAAAGCCCGGACACAACCGUCCGUGAAUCGGCUGGCAAAGGGCAUAUCCACGAUGAGUUUGAAGGAGCCGGGUACGAUCCAAAGGCGUAUCGUCAACGAUAAUAACAACAACAAUAAGUACGGCACGCCCAGGAAUGUGAAUGCCAAUCGCAACCUGAAGCCGGUGGUGACGCGGAAAACGCCACCUGUUCAGGAGCCCAUGGGACGACGAUCCGCCUCCUCGCCGCAGACAAGCGCCAGAGCGUCAAAAUCAGUACGGGUGGUGGGUGGAGGAGUUAGUCCGCCGGCCGAUAAACGAAUGUCGCCGCCUAUGAGUCGUCGGGCCGAACCCAAAUCGCCAGCCAAACAAGUCAGGAUGCAAGGACCAUCAACAGCUCCUGAGGGAACUGCACUAUGUCGGUUCUGUGCAAGACAUUUCAACACCGACCGGUUGGCGAAGCACGAGGCGGUUUGCCAGAAAACCCUGAGUACCAAGCGAAAGAUCUUCGAUGCCUCCAAGCAGCGCGUUAUGGGCACGGAAGCCGAGAAGUUCAAUAAGAAGCCAUCCAAGGGGAUGCCUCGAUCCCAGUCCUCGUAUAGCAGUGCGGCCCAGCAGAAGGGUCUGACCACCGGCGUGAAGAAGAACAACUGGCGGAAGAAGCACGAAGAGUUCAUCCAGUCGAUACGGGCUGCCAAGCAGGUGCAGGCUCAUUUAGCUCGUGGUGGGAAGCUCAGUGAUCUGCCGCCGCCUCCACCGUCCGAGAACCCCGACUACAUUCAGUGCCCGCACUGUAACAGACGGUUCAAUCAGCAGGCCGCCGAGCGACACAUACCCAAGUGUGCAACGAUGAUUCAUAACAAGCCUCGACAGAAUGGCCCGCCUGCUCCCAAGAAGCGCUGAGAGGUAAUUGAAGAUCGGUAACAGCUGAUCUCUGGCUGGGUGAGAGAGUGAUCAUACCCAUACUUUUACUUGUGAUAAAGAAAUUUGAUGAUUGGAACGAAA